GGGAGGACUUGUUGGGAUUGAUAGCCGGAAUCCCAAUUCUGAAUCCAAUGAGGGGAGAUGGUUCUCCGAGUGCGCUUUUACAAUCAUCACUUCACUAGAUCCUUACAAAACCCUGUAAGAAUGACAUUGAAAAGCUAAUUUGAAAAUACCAUGACAAGUUGAGAAAGAAAUCACAGAAAGGCCCUCUGCGAGCUUGGACCCAGCCCCAGCCCCGCCCCAGCCUCCCCGAAGUCACUUGGGAGUGAGGCGGCAGCUGACUGCGCGUUCAGGGCCCGCUGGGAGCCAGGAGUCCGCCGCCGUUAUGAACAUCCGCAAUGCGAGGCCGGAGGACCUGAUAAACGUGCAACACUGCAACCUCCUGUGCCUGCCAGAGAACUACCAGAUGAAGUAUUACUUCUACCACGGCCUCUCCUGGCCCCAGCUCUCUUACAUCGCUGAAGAUGAGAACGGGAAGAUUGUGGGGUACGUCCUGGCCAAAAUGGAAGAGGACCCAGAUGACGUGCCCCACGGACAUAUCACCUCACUGGCUGUGAAGCGUUCUCACCGGCGCCUCGGCCUGGCUCAGAAGCUGAUGGACCAGGCCUCCCGAGCCAUGAUGGAGAACUUCAAUGCCAAAUAUGUCUCUCUACAUGUCAGGAAGAGUAACCGGGCCGCCCUGCACCUCUAUUUCAACACCCUCAACUUUCAGAUAAGCGAAGUGGAGCCCAAAUACUAUGCAGAUGGGGAAGAUGCGUAUGCGAUGAAGCGGGAUCUCACCCAGAUGGCUGAGGAGCUGAGGCGGUACCUGGAGCUGAAGAAGGGCAGGCACCCGGUGCUGGGCUUCAUUGAGAACAAGAUGGAGAGCAAGGGCAGCUCACUGCCAAGCUCAGGAGGGGCCUGUCCUGAGAAGGGCCUGGCUGCUGAGGAUAGCAGUGGUGACAGCAAGGACCUCAACAAGGUCAGCGACACCACAGCGAGCCCCGACGUCAAGGACAGCUCAGAGGCCUCCGACCCGGCCUCCUAGAGCUGGCAAGUGCUCCUCUCUCCGCCCUGGCCUGCCCAUCCCAUCCUCACCCCUCAAGGUUUCACAAUAAACUUCACCCAGUAGCCUUGAAAACCAAAACAAGGCCACAGAAGGAAAAAGCUUUAUAUUUCAGUCACUUUAAUGGCACCUUUUUCCUGCUUUUUAAACAAGAGGCAUUUUCAUUUUGCACUGGGCUCUGCAAACUAUGAAGCUGACCCUGUCUUCAGGACUAGAAACAGGACCGACAGCAUCCUGUUCCUCUUGAAUUACUGUACUUUUCUUUCCUAGGGCUGGGUGUGGGGUCCAGGAAGCGCAGGGGGCUCCAGAAAGACUUCAUUCUGAAAUCCACCACAGACAAGAAUCCUCAGUGUCCUUUCCCCAAGCUCUGGCAUGUAUCGUGACUGUGGACCUUAGGGGUAGUAAGCAUGAGCUUGGCCUGCAUGGGCAAACAUCACGGUGCUUACACCUACACUUUGAGUUUGGAGGUCCUGGUGAGUGUGCACUUUCAAAAGUGCCCUCACUAUCCAAAGUGCAAUUGUAGUCCAGAAAAGAAAGUGGACUCUAUGAUGUAGAAUGAAAUGGAGAACUCAAGACUCAUCACAACACUGAAUACUGGUGAAUGACGAAGAGGGAGUCUGGAUCAAGCAUCAGGCCCUGAAGAGACCCAUCUAUUGGAAUGCCAAUCUUUGGUUCCCCUUGUUCAAGAAACAAAUCCACCCAGGGACUUCCAUAUCCUGUUGUCCUUCAUUUUUCUUUUUCAAUUUUUUGGGUUUGUUUUUUUUUCAUUUUUCAGCUCAUUACAUUUAAAAGUUUCUAUGUCCUAUCCUCCCUUGCUCUAAUGGUAGUAUUUCCACAAAGAUUACUAGUGGCCAAGUUGUAAAUCGAAUGGCAAUAUUUUUUAACUGUAAAAAUAGGUUAUUAAAACAUAGUUACAAUGCCAUAAAAUUUUGAACAGAAUUACUUAUUACAUUAUAUAGCUUUCUCCAGUUCAGCGAA